AUGGCUGCUCUCGCGCCCCCUGGCCGCGUGCUGGGGUUUGGCGUGCUGAUUCUUGGUCUGCUUCAGCUAUCCGCAUACACCACUGCCGCGGCCGUCAAGUCGGGAAACCAGUGCGGCACUUGGGACUCGUGUUACGAGGACGCGCAGCUCGGUACCGCCGUACACUCCAACUGGUUCAUCGCCGGCAUCAAGACAGGAACUUGGCAGCUAAGCCGCACCUACUACAAUACCAGUGUGGCCGAGGGUGGUUGCAAGACUGGUGCCCAGACUUUGGUGAUUGGCUGGGGUGGUGUAUGGAUGGAUAUGGGCGACAUCGCCGGCAUUGAUGGCGCACGUGGCUGGCGCAUGGAUAGCGAUGGUGUCCUUGUCGUGGUCAACGACCAGACCUGGGUUGACAAGCUCAAUAAAGAUUGCCCGUGUGGUGACACCUGGAAGUUGGGGGGCAGUCGCAACUUGCAAGCAUGUGAUCCUGGCUGCGAUCCCAUCGAGACGAUUCAACAAAUUUGUGGCCAGUACUCGCUGGAUUGCAUGUCCACCUACAAGACCAAGGCUGAGCCUUAUGCCCAGUCAUACUCAACCCAGAUCCUUUACGAUGGGCCCCCAGAUGACACCAUUCAAAACAGCUCGGGCCUGUACCAGAUCCUCACCACCUACUACAACGACGACACGUGCACCAGUCCCUAUCUGCGAAUCAGCGAUACGGGCACCAUGACCAUUCCCGGUGAAGGCCAAGACGAUACGCGCAACAUUGACAACGAUGGCCUGGAGAUGCGCCACACGCCGUGGACCGCCCUGCCCAGCAAUGCCUCCUCAGCCCAAUUUACUGACUAUGAAUACGCCUUCUCCUUGACCAAUGGAGAGUGCCUAUACCCAGGCCAACAACAGUUUGGCAUCUGCGGCAAGUGGACUCUGCUCUGCUCGUCGUCUGAGGGUGCCGAUGAUAUCGCCGUGACAUGGGCAUUUGAAGGUGACUCGAACGACAAAGCCGAGAUCGGGGUCCCUCGCAUUCUGACUACGUGCACCGACUGUAAAAGCCAAGCCGCCCUGGGCUACAUUCCCGUGGGCUCCCCCGGCUUUGGCACCAUUGUGCAUGAGGAUGAAUACUUGCGCAUUGGGAAAUUUUUGACCGAUGCCAAUGAAGGAUAUGAUACCCCGUUUGGUCUGGAUGAUCAGCCCUUGUUCUACAUUGAUAAAUGCAAGCUUCCUGAGACUAGCUGGGAGAUUAACGGCCAGUGGCAUCAGCCCUGCAGCCCCAGUACUGAGCUUACCGACUCAGUCGUGAACUGGACCUUUUCUGACGACUCGUCCUUCCAGCGCGAGUACAACUUGUAUCAGGGAGGUGUCGGUUGCGCCAGCAACGACGACCUGGUCUUGACCGCUGUGACCGAGGGCACGGUGGUGAGCUAUGGCAAGCUCGAGAAUUCGACUCAGCCCAUCGAGCUGAGUCUCACGCACUUGGACAUCACGCCCUUGACGGACAACAUGACUUUUUAUCUGCAAGCACAAUGCGCCUGUGGAGGCACCUGGAAAACCAAAUCCCCCCGCAGCCUUUUGGGUGGAUGUGCGGCUGGCACCUGCGAUGACUUUGACUGGCUACGUAUUGAGCCAGGCAAGCAAAGCUUUGGCCGUUACACAGCAAGCCGCACCUUGCUCCGCCUGACGGAGCUGUAUGCCACGACUGACGGCUUGAACCAGAACUUUACGGUUGAAGACUAUGAGCUGAUCAACGUCACCAACGGCUUGCCACCGGCCCCCACGAUCACGCCGUUUCCUCCGACGGGCAAUCCCACGCCGCCCAUUCCCACCCAUACGCCCACCCCCGCGCCAGCCAAGAAAGGCAAGGGUGGACUGAGUGGCGGUGACAUCGUUUUGCUGAUUGCUUUCCUCAGCGUCUUUGUCUAUGUUGUUGGCGGCAUGCUCAUCAACUACAAUGGGCAGGGAGUGGUGACGACAGGGACCAAUGACUGGGUUGUGAUCGUGUCGACCUCCAAGUUUUGGUACAACUAUCGUCAUACCACCAAUGCCCUCGCGGUUUAUCACACGGUGAAGAGGCUCGGCAUUCCCGAUGAGCGCAUUCUGCUGAUGAUUGCCGACAACCAUGCCUGCAACCCGCGGAACAUCAAGCCCGGCCGCCUCUUUCAUGACCGCCAGAUCAAGGAUAAUCUUUUUGGUCGCUUACCACGACAUACUCCACGACAUCGUCGCCUCAACUCCGACGCAAGCUCUCGCAUCUUUCUCUACAUGACGGGACCUGUAUCAACCCGAAUUCUUAUGAUUGCCGAACCCAGGUACAAGGAGAUUGUCUUUGUCCUGGACACUUGCCACGCUGAGACCAUGGGCAGCAAGAUUCGCGCCCCGCACAUUGCUAGCAUCGGCUCAAGCUUGCGUGUUGAAGACAGCUACUCGCACCAAGUAUCACCACAUAUUGGCGUGAGCUUGUCCGAUGAAUUCUCUGCCCACAUGAUCGAUAUACUUGCCACGCACGAGCACAAUAGCACCCUUACUUUUGCUGAGCUGACGCGUGUCAUGGAUUUCCUUGCUGAUGACACCACUCAGAGCACCACCGGGCAGCAAACAGGGUCUGAAACCCUUGCGAGCACCACUGCCCCCGUUGCUCUGGCGCUGACAUCAUUGCAGAUGGAUGUGGUGUGGGACGCCUUGAGCAGCCCAGUCGAGCGCACCCCUGACCCGUCCCUGCCAGCCAUGGAAUGGUUUAUGGCGCUGGUACACCGAAUCCUUGACAGCAUCGCGUGA